UAAUGAUGUUCAUGGUGAGCUCAGAGCUGUCUAAUGAAUGGAUGCAAACAAGAUAGAAGAGAAUGGGCUUUUUGGUAGAAUUGAAGAGGUAAAUGGAGGCAUCCAAAUGAAGUCAUAGGGCCAGCAGCACAUGAUGCAACACUUCCAACUUCCCCUCUCCGCUCCCUCGUCCAUCCUGUCCUCUAUCUGUGCUGAAAGAGCUCGGCUGCAAUCAUGCAUGUGGACACUGUCUUUUUAGUGUGGACUCUGAUAUUUGCAGCACGCCUGUGGAGGACGGCUCACGGCGUCUCUCCUGUGCCCUCAGUCCCCGACCGUGUCCAAGCCCUGGUGGGCUCCUGCGUGGUGAUUCCCUGCUCGUUCCCUCCUCCGGCACCCGUCAGGGGGAGGGCGGAGAGGGUGGACGUCCGGUUGAGGUUCCGAGGCGGUGGUCCCUUCUUCCCUCUCCGCAGCACCGCCUUCAACAGCGAAGACAGAGAUCAAGUGAGUCGGGAUUUCCAAGGCCGGACGUCCCUCUUUGGGAGAAUCCAGGAUGGAGACUGCUCAGUGAAGGUGGAGAGGAUCAGCCAGGAUGACUCGCGGGUCUUUGAGAUCGCUCUAAAGAAAGGGGAUGACUUACUCUGGGGGAGGCCAAAGAGCUUCAAGCUGGAUGUUUUGGACACCCCCGAGGCGCCCGUCAUCAGCGGCGUGUCGUCGGCCACGGAGGGCCAGCUGGUCAGCCUGAACUGCUCCGUCAGCUACCACUGCCCCCCGACACCACCUGUGCUGCAGUGGAGCUGGGAGAGAGGAGCCCGGACGAACAGCACCGAGCCCGGGGAGGCGCGGACCCUCUACCCGGAGCCCUACAGGCCCGUGCUGCUGGCCCCUCUGUCCUUCACCGUGUCCCACCAGGUGAAACCCAGGCUCAGGUGCGAAGUCCGCUUCCCGGGAGCAAACGCCGUGUCCGUUUCCAGGGACCUGCAUGUGACAUUUCCACCGAGAGACGUGGUGGUCCGAGUCGAGUCCUUGAUGGUGAGGGAGGGGGCGAGCGCCCUGUUGGUCUGCUCCUGUAAAGCUGACCCCCCGGCGACUGAGUACCGCUGGUCCUACAGCCAACAGGGCCACACCGUGCACCUCCACCAGCGCACGCACACGGUCCGCCUGUUCAACGUGACCCGGGACACGAGGGUCCGCUGCGCUGCCCAGAACGCGAUCGGCCGAGCAGAGUCUCGGCCCACUGCGCUGAACGUACAAUAUGAACCAGCCAUCCUCCGGCUCUCCGCCUGCGUGCUGGAGGAUCUGGAGGUGCUUUGUCGCUGCUCAGUCGAAUCCAACCCCGAAGCGGCGGUGACCUGGAGCGUGAACGGCACUGUUCCCCCUCGCGGCUACAACGUGUCGGUGACGUCUGAACCCGGCGCGCUGACCGCCACUCUGAGAGGCCGCAUGGACCGACCUGAGGUCGUUGUCUGCUACGCGUUCAACGCCCUAGGGAACGACUCCAUGGUGCUGCUGCGGGGAGGAGGAGAGAUGUCGCCAUUGGUGUGGUCGGUGAUACCCGCUGUGGCCAUUUGCCUGGUCAUUUUCCUUCUGUCUCUUCUUUUCUACUGCGGCCGAAAGAGGGCGGUAAAACAUGGCCUGAGCAGACGUCCAGCCGUGUACCCUGAGGGAAUGGGGAUUUAUCAGGACCAGAUGCCGCUCUACAUUAACUGCACAGAAGUGACUCAUAUCUACACCAACGGCAGCUACCAACUCGUAUACCAGAACUGCACACCUCAUUUUGUCCACACUAAGCAGAUCCGUCCAAUGGGCAGAAGAGGUGGGGAAAGGCGGAGAGGAGGAGAGGACAGAGGAAUAGACGGACGGGUGGGGUCAGGAGACAGGGGCACGAGGGAGGUGCAGAGUACCUCUGGGGCCGAAGCAGAGACCGCAAUCUACCUGGAAGUCCUCUAAGCUCACUGUGAAGAAGACCCACGAUUCAAUAGAUACAUUAAACUCCCAUUGGACCUCAGAUUAAUGCUCACACUGGUGGUAAUGCAUCACCCAUCUAUCUAGUGGCAGUCUUUCCCUCUCUUAAUCUCCAUAUUGAACAAUGUAUGCCUCUUUGAAUGUUUUCUUGCCUAUGUGCUCUUUUUA